AAGAGACAGAGUUAGGUGAUGUAAAAACAUCGCGUGACGGUCAACUUUGUCGCACAAUCCAAGCUAACCAGCUACCCCAGCAGUAUCAACAAUCAUCUCCUUCCCAAAACACCAUUCAAAAACCCAUUGAAGCUUCCAAGUUGGAACAGACAAAGAGAGAGAUGGCUAAGAAGAGCAUAAGGGAGCUGGGAGUGAAGGAUUUUGUGAAUGCUGGAUUAUCAGUAGCAGAAGCCAAUCAACUUGAUCUUGUUUUGAAGGAUGUCCUCUCCCUCACCAUCACCAACAACCCAGCUGAAAUCUGGCGCCACCUUAUCACCCGGAGAGCUCUCAAGCCAUCUUAUCCUCACCCCUUGCAUCAGCUUCUAUACUACUCUCUCUAUGAUCAUCACUCUUCUUCUUCUUCUUCUUCUGAUAACACUGCUUCUCCCCCUCCUUAUUGGUUCCCUUCUCUUGAGCAGUCCAGGAGUACCAACCUGGGUCGUCUAAUGGAAACUCAUGCUUCUAAGCUCUUAGGACCUUCCUACAAAGACCCCAUUUCUAGUUUUCAUCUUUUUCAAAAGUUCUCUGUUCAACACCCUCAGGUGUACUGGUCCCUCGUUCUCAAGGAGCUUUCACUUUCAUUUGUUGAACCUCCAAAGUGCAUUUUAGAUACCUCUGACCCUUCAAAACAUGGAGGGACUUGGUUUCCCGGUUCUGUCCUGAAUAUUGCAGAAUGCUGUUUGCAACCAAGUGGGCACCCAAACAAACAGGAUGACAGUGUAGCCAUUGUUUGGAGAGAUGAAGGUUUUGAUGAGUCUGAGGUUAAUCGCGUCACGCUCAAACAACUUAGGCUGCAAGUAAUGUUAGUAGCAAAUGCAAUAGAUGCCACAUUCUCGAAGGGAGAUGCGAUCGCAAUUGACAUGCAAAUGACAGUCAAUGCUGUGAUUAUAUAUUUAGCCAUUGUUUUAGCAGGAUGCGUUGUGGUGUCUAUAGCUGAUAGCUUUGCGCCAAAAGAAAUUGCGACUCGCCUGCGUGUUUCUAAAGCAAAGGGUAUUUUCACACAGGAUUUCAUAUCAAGAGGUGGCAAGAAAUUCCCUUUGUACAGUCGAGUCAUUGAGGCGGCUGCAUGUAAAGUUAUCGUGCUCCCUGUGAUAGGUGAUGAUUUAGGAGUAAAAAUAAGAGAGCAAGACUUAUCAUGGAAGGGUUUCCUUUCUUCUAGCAGACAGAAUCCCAGGUCAUAUCAUUACUCUCCAUUCUACCAAUCAAUUGAUUCUGUCACUAACAUACUUUUUUCAUCUGGAACCACAGGGGAUCCAAAAGCUAUUCCUUGGACUCAAGUUGCACCGAUGCGAAGUGCUGCCGAUGGAUGGGCUUUCAUUGAUCUUCAACCUGGAGAUGUCUAUUGCUGGCCGACAAAUUUAGGAUGGGUGAUGGGACCGACUAUAAUAUAUUCAUGCUUUCUAUCUGGUGCUACUCUUGCUCUGUACCAUGGAUCUCCUCUUGGCCAUGGUUUUGGAAAAUUCGUUCAGGAUGCAGGUGUUACCAUUUUGGGAACAGUUCCAAGCAUAGUGAAAGCUUGGAAGAGUACGCAAUGUAUGGAGGGAUUGGAUUGGACAAAGAUAAAAACAUUUUGUUCGACCGGAGAAACUUCAAAUGUUGAUGAUGACCUUUGGCUUUCUUCAAAAUCUUAUUACAAACCAAUAAUUGAAUGUUGUGGAGGCACUGAGCUUGCGUCUAGUUACAUAAUGGGAAGUCCACUGCAGCAUCAAGCUUUUGGAGCAUUUAGCACAGCAUCAAUGACAACUGGCUUGGUCAUCCUUGAUGAAAACGGAAUUCCUUAUCCAGAGGAUGUUCCUUGUGUUGGUGAAGUGGGCUUAUUCCCUGUAUACAUGGGAUCAACUGAUAGAUUGCUUAAUGCUGAUCAUGAGGAGGUUUACUUUAAGGGCAUGCCAAUUUACAAAGGAAAGGUUCUUAGAAGACAUGGAGAUAUAAUCAAAAGAACUGUUGGAGGCCAUUUCAUUGUACAAGGGAGGGCUGAUGACACCAUGAAUCUUGGUGGAAUAAAGACAAGUUCGGUAGAAAUUGAACGCGUCUGCGAUAGGGCUGACGAAUGUAUUUUGGAGACAGCUGCAAUAAGUGUUUCUCCUGCAAGUGGAGGCCCAGAACAACUUAUUAUAUUAGUAGUUUUAAAGAAAGGAUACAAUUCCAAUGCAGAAACUCUGAAGAAGAAAUUCUCUAAAGCCAUUCAAACCAACCUUAAUCCUUUGUUCAAGGUAAGCCUUGUUAGAGUUGUGCCCGAGUUUCCUCGAACAGCUUCGAACAAAUUACUAAGGAGAGUUUUGAGGGAUCAAAUGAAGCGUGAGCUAUCAGUUCAAAGCAAACUUUAGUGUCAUCGUUAAUUCGAAACAUACCUCACCAGGCAUCAAGAUUCAGUUCAUUUCAUGUGGAAAUAUGCAGAUUUUUACUAAUAUAACUAGAAUGUAUUUUUGGAAGGUGAAGUCCUUGAUCUGUAAUAAAAUUUGUGUAAUGAAAAUUCUAGUGUACUCAAGUGAAUGAAACACAACCUUAGUAUUAGUCAACUAUGUAAUAGUGGCUAUGAAGUUGUAUUUCAACCGACAUUUCAUAUAAUAAGAGAAUCAUCCACUAGAAAUUCUCUA